AUGAAGCUCAAGGAGCUCGAGAUGAUGCUACAGGACGUGCAGCCGUUCGCGCACCCGAAGAUAGAGUUGGAACAAUACCCAACUGGCGCCGACAUUGCCGCGCGGAUGCUGUACGCGAUCGACACCGCGUACGGCGACAUCCAGGAGAAGGUCGUCGUGGACCUCGGGUGCGGGCCAGGCAUGCUCAGCAUAGGCUGCGCGAUUCUGGAGGCGGACCAGGUGAUCGGGAUCGACGUAGACGUCGACGCGCUGGCGACGUGCCGGGCGAACUGCGAGGACUUCGAGGGCAUCGACGCGGCGCUCGAGCUGCUCCAGUGCGACGUCGCGGCGCUCGGGGGCCUCGAGGGCCGGCCGACGCGGCAGCGCCGCCUGCGUGCGGACACCGUCGUCACCAACCCACCCUUCGGGACGCGCAGGAAGGGCGCGGACAUCGAGUUCGUGCGCGCGGCGUUCGCGAUCGAGGGCGUGCGGGCGGUGUACUCGCUGCACAAGACGUCGACGCGGGACCACGUGGGCAAGGCGGCGCGCGGGCUGGGCGCGGUGGAGGCGGAGGUGAUCGCGGAACUGCGGUACGACCUGCCGGCGUCGUACGGGUUCCACAAGCAGAAAAGCAGAGACGUCGAGGUGGACGUGUGGCGGUUCGUGCCGGGGGCUGGGCGGGGGGGAGUCGGGCUUGAGGGUCUCUCGAUCAGCGACGACCGGUAG